UGCUCGAGCUUUCCAUACAGUAUGGCGGCUCCCGGGUCCGCCGCGCGGGGCAAAGUAUUCCGUACAACAGGGCCGCCUACUGAGCGGGAGUCACGCCCCCUUCCGCCUGGCCACCGGAAGUUUCCAUUUAAAACCGAGGCGGCAGCGCUAACUUGUACUUUGGCGGUUGCCGAGAGUGUUUUGAAUUUGAGCAACAAGGAUUGCGGACCGGAGCGGGCCCAGCCGUGCCCCGUCACCAUGACUAGUGUGGCGAAGACCGUGGACAGCGCGCAGCAGCCGGCUGCGCCCAGCAGCGGCCCGCCCACAGAUACAAAAACUCGAGCCACUUCUAAGAGCCUGAUACCUGUUAAGUCCAAAGACAUCGAUGUUUCCAAAAAUCUUCAUUCAGACAAUGAUAUAACAAAAAUCACCAAACCAAAACGAGAGAAUAGGCAGAUGAAAGCUGCAGAGCCCACCGUUAAGAGGAACAUCAGAAAGAGCUGCAAGCCAUCGAGGGAGCAAAAAUCAGAGGAAGAGCUGAAGGAUAAGAAUGAGCUCUUAGAGACUGUCAACAAGCAGUUGCACCAGAAGUUGAUUAAAACUCAGGGAGAGCUGAAGGACCUAACCCAGAAGGUGGAGCUGCUGGAGAAGUUUCAGGACAACUGUUUAGCAAUUUUGGAGUGCAAAGGUCUUAACCCAGGCAGCAACACCCUGGCAUUACAGCAGGAAGCCACUACAGACCGCAUGGACUCUGUGCUGCUGUUAGAAACUUUGCAAGAUGAGCUGAAGCUAUUUAAUGAAACUGCCAAGAAGCAGAUGGAGGAGUUACAGCUUCGUCAGACCAUGUCUAAGUUUCUUCAGGAGCACCUGGCUCCCAAGGCCCAGGAGAUUGAUCAGAGCAACGAGUUCAAGGACCUUCGAGAGUUUUGGAAACAGCUCGGGAGCCUGGGGGUAUUGGGCAUCACAGCCCCGGUUCAGUACGGUGGCUCUGGCCUGGGCUACCUGGAGCACGUGCUGGUGAUGGAGGAGAUAUCAAGAGCUUCUGGAUCAGUGGGCCUCAGCUACGGCGCCCACUCCAACCUCUGCAUCAACCAGAUUGUGCGCAACGGGAAUGAGACUCAGAAGGAGAAAUACCUUCCCAAGCUGAUCAGUGGCGAGUACAUUGGAGCCUUGGCCAUGAGCGAGCCCAAUGCUGGCUCUGAUGUUGUCUCCAUGAAGCUGAAAGCGGAAAAGAAAGGAGAUCACUAUGUCCUGAAUGGCAACAAGUUCUGGAUCACCAAUGGCCCCGAUGCCGACGUCCUCAUUGUCUACGCCAAGACAGAUGUGGCUGCUGUGCCGGCUUCCGGGGGCAUCACGGCCUUCAUUGUAGAGAAGGGAAUGCCAGGCUUCAGCACCGCCGAGAAGCUGGACAAGCUGGGAAUGAGGGGCUCGAACACCUGUGAGCUGAUCUUCGAAGACUGCAAAGUUCCUGCUGCCAACAUCCUGGGCCAGGAGCGUAAGGGUGUCUAUGUGCUGAUGAGCGGGCUGGACCUGGAGCGCCUGGUGCUGGCAGGUGGGCCCCUUGGGUUGAUGCAAGCUGUCCUUGACCACACCAUUCCUUACUUACACAUGAGGGAGGCCUUUGGCCAGAAGAUCGGGCACUUCCAGUUGAUGCAGGGGAAGAUGGCGGACAUGUACACCCGCCUUGCGGCGAGUCGGCAGUACGUCUACAACGUGGCCAAGGCCUGUGAUGAGGGCCACUGCACGGCCAAGGACUGUGCCGGGGUGAUUCUCUUCUCGGCCGAGUGCGCCACGCAGGUGGCCCUGGAUGGCAUCCAGUGCUUCGCUGGAGCUCGGCGAGCCGGAGGCGGCGCUGGCAUUGGAGAGCGGCAGCGGCACGGUGGCGGCUGUGAACACCAACCAUGUGGCAAUGGCUACAUCAAUGACUUUCCCAUGGGCCGCUUUCUUCGAGAUGCCAAGCUGUAUGAGAUCGGGGCUGGGACCAGCGAAGUGAGACGACUGGUCAUCGGCAGAGCCUUCAACACAGAUUUCCACUAGCCCCGCGGCCAGGAGCCCCGCGUCCCAGCACCCAGAGGCCUUUCUUCAGAAGCAGACCUGGCAUUCUCCCGAACACCAAAGCAGGCCCUGCAGCCUUUGCCCACCAGCCUGCUGGCCUCUGCAGGAGGCUGGGCUCUCCACACUGGCUGCCAACACUGCAGCCUCCCGGCUGGGUCAGCCAAGCGGGAGUGCUUCCCACGGACUUGGCAGGUCUUUUCCCAAGUGUUGGCUGCGCUUUGGUAACCGUGCCCUGGCUCUGCAACUUCCCAUCUUCAGGGGUGGCACCCAUAGACACGCAGGUGCCCACCUCUUUCUCUUGUGGGGACCUCUGGCAGGCAGACCCACCCACUCAAGUGCAGCCCAAACCCUUAACCUGUUUGCCAGUUUCUUGAGGCCUCCACUCCCAGCAGCUCAGGACACCUGUGCCAGAUGUGUGGAGGGGCAGCACCCAGGAGCCUUCUUCACCACACUGAUGGUCCCAGCCAGGUGAUUUCCAGAGCUGACUGGGAAAUAGGCACAGGCCCUGGCCAAGGAGGCCUGAAUCACCCGGCCCAAUUCCAGCCAAGGCUGCCUGUGAGCAUUUCUCUAGAUGCCCUGUGGCUGUCUUACCACUGCCCAGUGGCUGCUGCCAUUUUGUAUUAAACAUUGUGAGACAGCCCAGCCCCUCUCUGCUCCUAAACCAGUGUUUGGAGGAAAAACAAUCUACUUGCUCCUGACUCCUGUCUAGAUCCGAUCUUGGAGAAUGGCUGGUCCAGGUGCUGCUCCUGGGCGGCAGCUUGCUCUUCAGUCAUGAGACACCUGAAGAAGGUAGAAUCAGCCCUUGGGAUAGAGGAAGUCUCAGCCCCAAAUCUCUCUGAUUUUCUUUUCUUUUCUUUUUGUGUUGACGAUUGAACCACAGAGGGCUGAGCUACAUCCCCAGACCUUUUUAUUUUGAGACAGGGUCAUGCCAAGUUGCCCAGGCUGACCUGAAUUUGUGAUUCUUCUGCCUCAGGCUUCUGAGUAGCUGUGACCACAGGCAUGUGCUACCAUACUUGAUAGCAUCCCUGAGGUUUUUCAAAGACUGAGUCAAGCUGGGCUAGUGGUCCACGCCUGUAGUACCAGCACUCUGGGAGAGUGAAGCAGGAAGAGCACAAGUUCAACCCCUAGGCAACUUCACAAUUUAGUGAGACCCUGUCUGUAAAAAUUAAAAUGGGCUGGGGAUCCAACUCAGUGUGAAGGCUCUGGGUUCAAUCCCUGGUACACCCCCCUCCCAGUAAAAGACAAUUUGAGUCUCAAAGUCAGAAUUAGAGUCAGGAUCCAGAUGCUAACGGCACAUAUGGAAGUGUUCUGACCACACCAGCCCUGGGUUCCAGGGCACAGCACGCUAGACCGGGUACUGUCUGAGAGACCUGGGUCUGGGUUGUUGGACCCACUAAGCUCCCAAGGGAGGAACUGGCUUUCUUGGCUCCCAGCCCAGUGACACUUGUUCCCAGCUUUUAGUCCUGGCCUUCAGCCAAGUGCUGUUUGCAGCGUAGGUUUGCAAGAGGUGGGGUCAGCUCCUCACCAACCCCAGUCUUGUCCCAUCUUAAGGGGAAGAUCCAUUUCAUGUCUCCGUCCCACCCCAUGCUAUGUUUGAAUGCAGCUGAAAUGGUGAUCAUUUCAAACAAGUAGUUGGAACAAGCCACCUGCAGACACUCAAAAUGUGCUAGAACGCAAGGUGUGGUCCUGUCAGUGCUGCUGGAGCCUUGCCAGUUUGGGGUGUGACCCCUAGAAGUGCAUGUGUUGCAGCUUCAAUCCUGAGUUAUUUGUUACUGGUAUUUGGAGGAGGGGUCCCAGUGGCAUGAACAUGAUCUCCCAUUUGCUUGUCCUUUAAGGCCUCCACCCAGUUACUAUGCAGCAGGGGCCUCACCAGACACAGUGCCUCUUUUGGGCUUCCAGCCUCCAGAACUGAGAGCAGAAAAGCCUCUCCAAGCUACUAGGCUGUGGUAUUCAUUUACAGCAACAGGAAUCAGACUAAGGAAGAAUGUGAUUGUUCUCCUGAUCUUUUAUGUGAAGCAUAAGAGGAGUGUUUAAAAUAAAACCAAAACUUCAACCUGAA